AUGUGCAAGUCGUGGACCCUCCGCUACACUUGCUCCCAUACCCGGAGCGUACGGCGAAGGAGAUGCGGAGGGAAUUUCAGCGGGCCCUCACGCCACUCUGAUGAGGCAAAGAUCAGAUGCCGCGGAUCAGAUCCUUUAAUCAUCGCGAUCAGCUCGCUUUGUGCAUCUUGUCGACUGGCUGAAGUCGAAGCACAACUCCAUGCCGAAGUUGAGAUGUUGCGGAUCAAGCUGGCUUCCGACGUCUGGAACCCCGACAUCGCGGCGAAGCUCGUAAUGGCGGAGAGUGAGCUCGGUGAUAAGUUAUGGAGUCUGACGAGAGAGCUUCCUUCAGGUGGAGCUUUCAAGGAAAGCGUUCGCCCGUUGUUGAGUCGAAGGUCGAUCGUGGCAUCAAGCAAUACUGGAGAGCACACUUUUCGCUCAAGUCGGCUGGGUUCGGAGAUCAAGCCGGAAGACGUGUUGGACAACGAGGCGGUGAAGUGGGACUGGAGCUUGGGUCCAUCAACGGACGAAAAUGCUACUGAGCUCGAAAACACAGAGGAGGACGAGGACCGGGCUGACUGGGGUUGGGACUCGCCAGAGAUGGAUCCAAUACCGGAAGGAGAACAGGAUUUGGAGAUUCAGUUGGCCAAUCUUACACUGGUACAUCCCUUGGAAGAGCGUCAGAGAUCCGCGGGCGGUACAGAAAACGUGCGACCUCGAAAGCAGGUCAUUCCUCCUCAUCGACGGCGCAGAGAAGGAUCAAGUCUUCGAGGCCGAGCACAGCAAGCCAUCUUGGACCUGAGAUCAUUACAUGCUUGUGGCGGAUACCAGCUGGGAUUUGCGAUCAGCAAUUGA